AUGCGAGAUUUACCAGUGGAAAUACUGAUUAAAGUAUUUGGCCAUCUUUCCCGUUCAAAUAAACUGCAAUGUGCUAUCGUUUGCAAAUCAUGGUGCGCAACAGCAUUGUCAGUCUUGAAUAACACCAUCCAUCUCAGAAACACCAACGAUACCAUCAUUCUGUUUGAAAAGCUCUGUCAAAGAAAUAGCUCAGUUCAAGGCUCCACCAUACGCCAUCUUUCACUGUCUCACAAUAGUCGGCUCGCUGAAGCCCAGAUCAACAGAGUGGUAUUUUUGCGUAUCUUGAGCGAAUGUACCAACCUCAGAACGCUCGAGUUCAAGGACGCCACAUUUGAUACAGCUUACCUGGAGUACAUGAUUCGAUACAGAAACACCUUACAUUUGGAUUCAUUGCAAUAUAUCAACGGGCAAUACUCAAACAUCAACAGCUACCUUCUUGUAAACUGGCAUUACCAUCAGCGCAUUAAUCGACUGCACCUCUUAGUGUUGAAUAGCACCUUUAAUGGAUUUGAAUACGCCAACAGUUUGAACUCGUAUCUGGAUCACUUCAAAGCACUGACAACUUUGAGCUUAAAGUUCAGUUGUACCAUCUAUAUUCAUAGCUUGUUAUCCGCAUGUCCCCAGUUGGCGUCAUUGCAGCUGAUUUUCGCCUCCUCGUCAAGCCGUCUCAGAAUAUACGAAGACAAGACCACCAUUCAACAGAACAAUGGUCCUUUCCAGCUCAUCUAUUUAGAUAUGAGCGCUCACCACAUCAGCCAGGAGCUGUUUGAAUAUCUUCACGAUAGAGCAAGUGAUCUCUUCGAAUUGACAGUAAAUCACAGCGCUUUCGAGAAUUUGGCAGCAAUCGAUAACGCCUUCAAUACAGCACUUGUAGUGGAUACAGUCUUGCCCAUUAGACGCAUCAUAUUUGCAGACGGCUUUAAUGUAUCUCGCAGUGUAGUCCUAGGACUCAAUGAGAACUUUCGUAAUUUGAGAGUGAUUGUCUUUCAUUCAUGUGGUUUGAAUCGUAUUGUGGAUAAUAACAGCAACCUUACAUUGAACUUGAGCGAGUUGGAGCUAGACUACUUAUCUAUUGAUUUCACCACCAUCCUCUCAUUCAACACCCAAGUCAAUAGCAUGUCAGUAGCAAUCGAGGCUCAAAAUUCUGAGGACACUGUAUUCUAUAGCAGAACAAGCAAGUGGAGUAGAGCUCAUUUGUUUACAAGAAAUGACACUAGUCGAUAUACCAGCCAUGCCGCUCAGAGAAACAGAGUUCGCUCGGCAAAGAUAUCUGUCAUCACUGUUCAAGUUUACUCGCUGCACCAUUUACAUAUGCACGGCGAAGGAAAUCACAAGAUAUUCAGUCAAACUAUCUGCUUGGACUAG